GGCGUUUCUGACGGGUGAUGCAGGAUGAUGGCACAGGUAUAUAUACAUCAUGCUGUGCCCUGGGUCAGGACACAAGGGGAGCGCUGAGGAUGGAAGUGCACACCAUGUCUUUUCUGCUGUGCUGUCUGCUGGCGUUGGCUAUUCCAGCCAAUUCCUUGAAGUGUUACAAGUGUGUUGGAAACGAUAAUGAGUGCAGUCCGACCGAAGAGACGUGUCCUGGACAGAACGACGUGUGCUCCAGCUCUGCCCUGCACAUAGACUCCUUUCCUUGUAAGGUGAGGAAAGUUUUCAAGGGCUGUAUUAACUCAACCACCACUACCAAUAAGCUAUCAAUAUCUCCAAGUCAGUUGGUCACCUUUUCCCUGCAGCAUGAGACGUGCAACUCAGACCUUUGUAACAAAAUAAUCUCAGAUCUUGACUCAAAUCGAAAUGACCUCUACUGUCACUCCUGUAUAUCUCCGGAAAUCAACUGUGACAGUGAUAAAAUGAAUGAAAUGAGAUGCACGGGAGAGCAGAACCUGUGUGUGGACAUGAGUGUCAUAGGUUCCUUUGGUGACAUAGCAGAUGUCAGCAUAAAAGGAUGCGCACACCUUCCAUCUUGUAAAGAGAACAUGGCUUUCUCCAGUCAGACAUCUUCUGUGACUAUCCGGUGCUGUAAUGGAAACUUCUGCAACAGUGUCAUAGAGUAUGAACCCGAGGACAAGACACCCAAUGGAAUACAAUGCUACAGCUGCAAUACGCUUGAUGGGGCCGAGUGCUCACCUGGAAAGUUAGACAAAGCCCAAUGCUAUGGAGCCCUAACAUCUUGCCUACACAUUGAAGGGACAGUCACGAAAGAUGGGCGCCAUAUACCCACCAUGAUCAAAGGUUGCGCUACACCAUCAAUGUGUGACAGCUCGGUCCUUCCCUUGUUGCAAAAGCUGGAAGCUACAACUGUAAAUUGCUGCAAUGGAAGUCUCUGCAACAACCAGUCCUCAGACAGCAGUCUCCAAGGCAGUGGUUAUUUUCCCACAGGAAAUGCUUCUCCAGGAACAGGUAUCCAAAACACAUCUUCUUCUGAUGCCACUCAUGGUGAAACUUUCAGAAGGCGUAAACGCUCUGGCAGCACAGUCAAAACAGGACAUCAUGCUAAUAGCAAAUAUGGCACUGGUAGCUCUUCAACUUACCACAAUGAUGAUGGUUCCAGUGAGUUUAAUGGCCCCAUUAUGUGUCCUGGAAAUAGCAAUACUCAAGGCAUCAAAGGUGGCUCAUGGAACAGUAAUAGUAACAGUGGCUAUCCCAAUCCCUCUUUUAACUCCGAGAGUGAAAGUCACACUGUGCCCAAUUCUAUUAAUUAUUCAUCAGGGGAAAGCAAUUUCAGUACAUUAUCACUGGGAGGAUCAGCAGUUGGUGAAGAAGGUGCACCACACACUUCUAACUCUAGUGACAGUGACGUUAGCUCGAUCAUGGACAAGCCCCCAACUUUUUCAGACUUAAACAGUGGUGACAGCAGUAACGGUACCAAUUCAUAUAAUGACUUUAACAACUAUGAGAGUGGUAGCUUCACAGAAAUAGUUUACGUAGAUAUAGACUUGAAUAAUGGCCAACCUGGUUCCCCUACUGAAGCUCCAGGUAGUAUGGAUUCUAAUAGUUAUGAUUCGGUAGGUAGUUCUGGGACAGUUACCAGUGCUUAUAAUCCAAAUAUUGUUUUGUCAGCUAAUAACAAUGGCAGCACUCAACAUUUGGCACCUGAAACAGUAAAACCCCACAAUUCUGGUGUUAAGCAGCCCAAUUCAGGACAUGGCAGUAAUAUUUAUAACACAGGUAUUGCUAACAAUAAUGGUUCUGGAAAUCUCUCCUCAUCAGGAAACAACUCUGCAGGAAGUGGAAACAACUCCAGUGCUGGCACCCCAGGGUCCUCUUCAUUUGGUGGCUACACCAAUAUGCCUGGAGGUAACAAAUCCUCAACUCUUUACACCAGUUCAGGAAAUGGUACUGGAAUGACCAGUGAAUGGAACAACAACAAUAAUUCAUCUAACCAAAAUAUGGUACUGCCGAUCGGGUAUGUGAACAUCCCUGGAAGUAACCACUCAUCACCUUCGCAGAACAGUUCUGAUUAUGGUACUGGCAUAACUAAUGAAUGGAUCUACAGCAAUGACUCUAAUCACAAUAUGGCGGCACCUGUGGGGUACAAUAAUAUCUCAACAAAUAAUCACUCCUCAACCUACUAUACUGGCAAUGGGACUGGGAUGACCUAUGAAGGGAUCCAUAGCAGUAGCUCUAACCACAGUAUGUCAGUGCCAGGUGGAUAUGCCAAUGUGUCUGGAGGCAAUGGCUCCUCAACAUCUUAUGCCAGUUCUGGUAAUGGGACUGGGAUGACCUAUGAAGGGAUCAAUAGCAGUAGCUCUAACCACAGUAUGUCUGUGCCAGGUGGAUAUGCCAAUGUGUCUGGAGGCAAUGGCUCCUCAACAUCUUAUGCCAGUUAUGGUAAUGGGACUGGGAUGACCUAUGAAGGGAUCAAUAGCAGUAGCUCUAACCACAGUAUGUCUGUGCCAGGUGGAUAUGCCAAUGUGUCUGGAGGCAAUGGCUCCUCAACAUCUUAUGCCAGUUCUGGUAAUGGGACUGGGAUGACCCAUGAAGGGAUCAAUAGCAGCAGCUCUAACCACAGUAUGUCUCUGCCAGGUGGAUAUGCCAAUGUGUCUGGAGGCAAUGGCUCCUCAACAUCUUAUGCCAGUUCUGGUAAUGGGACUGGGAUGACCCAUGAAGGGAUCAAUAGCAGUAGCUCCAACCACAGUAUGUCUGUGCCAGGUGGAUAUGCCAAUGUGUCUGGAGGCAAUGGCUCCUUAACAUCUUAUGCCAGUUAUGGUAAUGGAACUGGGAUGACCCAUGAAGGGAUCAAUAGCAGUAGCUCUAACCACAGUAUGUCUGUGCCAGGUGGAUAUGCCAAUGUGUCUGGAGGCAAUGUCUCCUCAACAUCUUAUGCCAGUUAUGGUAAUGGGACUGGGAUGACCCAUGAAGGGAUCAAUAGCAGUAGCUCUAACCACAGUAUGUCUGUGCCAGGUGGAUCUGCCAAUGUGUCUGGAGGCAAUGGCUCCUCAACAUCUUAUGCCAGUUAUGGUAAUGAAACUGGGAUGACCCAUGAAGGGAUCAAUAGCAGUAGCUCUAACCACAGUAUGUCUGUGCCAGGUGGAUAUGCCAAUGUGUCUGGAGGCAAUGGCUCCUCAACAUCUUAUGCCAGUUCUGGUAAUGGGACUGGGAUGACCCAUGAAGGGAUCAAUAGCAGUAGCUCUAACCACAGUAUGUCUGUGCCAGGUGGAUAUGCCAAUGUGUCUGGAGGCAAUGUCUCCUCAACAUCUUAUGCCAGUUAUGGUAAUGGGACUGGGAUGACCCAUGAAGGGAUCAAUAGCAGUAGCUCUAACCACAGUAUGUCUGUGCCAGGUGGAUAUGCCAAUGUGUCUGGAGGCAAUGUCUCCUCAACAUCUUAUGCCAGUUAUGGUAAUGGGACUGGGAUGACCUAUGAAGGGAUCAAUAGCAGUAGCUCUGACCACAGUAUGUCUGUGCCAGGUGGAUAUGCCAAUGUGUCUGGAGGCAAUGGCUCCUCAACAUCUUAUGCUGGUAAUGAGACUGUGCCAGGAGGAUCUAGCUAUAGUAAUGGAACAGCAUGGAUCUAUAGCAGCGGCUUUAAUCCAAACAUGUUGCCCAACAGUAAUGGUUCAUUCAGUAACUACAGUGGUAUCCAGGAUUUUCUCUCAAAACUGAAUGGUUCGUUCAAUGAAAGCAUCCGAAAUAAUAGCUAUUUCUUAAAUCAUUUGCCCCCUGGUAUGAAUCUUAAUGGCUCAGGUCCAUACAAUAUAAAUGAAUCUCUUGCUGACUAUUUUAAUAGUUUAGGCUUGGAGAAUAAUCCCAACUUAACUUCUGUAAUCUCUGGUGGCAACAAUGGGUCCCUCAACAAUGGUGAUUUUUACAAUAACGGAAUUAACAUGGGCCAUGAAAGUGUGAACAGCAGUAGCUAUAACCCAAAUAUGAUGAUAACUGGAGUAGGUAGUGGUGGUACAGAUAACAAUGGCAAUAACAUGGACCAUGGACUGAAUGGGUCAAUGUUGGGUACCGGCAGCAAUACAAAUGAGCUGGUUCCAGGCAGAUAUACAAAUGAUUCAACCAUUGGUGAUGCUGGCAACAGUACUGGAAACGGUACCCAGUACAAUGGUGCCUCCUCCCCCUGGGCCAAAUCUGGUAGCUUUGUCUUCUUCUCAGCCAUUGUUCUUCUGGUACUGAGCUAAACAUAGAUCUUACUAAAUGCAGUGAAGGGUCGAGCACUCUAGUUCUUUAUUUUUACAAGUUGUCAUGUCUCCAGUAUGUUCAUUGUAUGUUCACAUGCACUCUAUGCACUAUUUUUGUUGAAUGAUUCAGUGUUUUGUAUCUUGCUUUUUCACAAUGCAUAUUUCCCUGAGUAUAUCAUGAAUGUGGAGUAUAUAUUGAGUUCAUGAAGUAGUGCAUACCACUCAAAACCCCCAAAAGCAACACAGGACUUAUACUAGCGUCCAUACCCUACUAUCCUCAGCCUCAGCUGAAA